AUGGCGUGUUCUCACAUACUGUUCCGUGGCUAUUUAUACUCCGCCCCGACAAAGCCCAAAUCCGACACUCCAUUUUACCGAUUAAAGACCAGCCAUCCCAAAAUGGAGAACCGACGACCAAAACCAGUUUUGUCGUUCAUUUUGUUUGUCUUUUUCCUCUCCAUUUCAAUUUCCUUCUCCACAGACACUAUUCUCUCGCUAGACCUGCUCCACAGAGACCGCAUCCUACCCGCCCAUUCCAACCCGACCCGACAGUCUCUCCUCAGACACCGUCUCCACCGCGACCAACACAGGGCCCAGUCACUCUCUUCCCCGAUGAUCUCCGGAUUUCCCCUCGGGAUGGGUGAGUACUUUGCCCGCAUGGCGCUCGGCACGCCACCUAAGCACUUUUACAUGCUCGCCGACACGGGGAGCGACCUCAUCUGGCUCCAGUGCCGCCCGUGCAAAUACUGCUACAAUCAGUCCGACCCGCUUUUCAACCCGACCCGAUCCACCUCGUACUCUCGCGUGCGUUGUGCCUCCGAGCCCUGCCGCCAGCUCGACCUCGACUACAUGUCCGACAACUGCACUGCCCACCACAUGUGCCGCUACAAAAUCGGAUACGGCGAUGGAUCGUUCUCGUUUGGCGACCUCGCUACAGAGACACUGUGGUUCGGCGGGAAAAAGAGGGUGCCCCGCGUUGCACUGGGCUGUGGGCAUGACAACGAGGGCCUCUACGCGGCGGCUGCGGGCCUGUUGGGCCUGGGCCCGGGGAAGCUGUCCUUCCCAAGCCAGGCCCGGACCAACUUCUCCUACUGCCUGGCCGACCUCUUGUUUGAGCAGCCCAAUAGGACGUCUUGGAUCCGGUUUGGAUCCCCGCCAGCCACAAAAACCCAGUUCACCCCUCUUAAGGACAAUCCCAAGAUUCCCAGCACUUAUUACUACGUUGGCCUCCGAGGAAUUUCGGUGGGAGGCGAAAAUGUGGUCGGUAUUCAUCAAUCAGAUUUCGAGAUACACUCCGACGGGUCGGGUGGGACCAUCGUGGAUUCGGGCACGACGGUCAGCCGGCUGCCGGGGCUGGCGUACAAGGCACUGAGGAAAGCCUUCGUGGCCAAGUUCAGCCUCAAGCCAUCCUCCAAUUACUCGUUGCUGGACACGUGCUUCGAUUUGUCCGGGAAGGGUCACGUGGAGGUACCCACCGUGGCUCUGCACUUCGAGGGUGGGGCCGUGAUGGAGUUGUCGCGGAUUAAUUGCUUGUUUCCGGUGGACACCAAUGGUACUUACUGCUUUGCGUUUGCAGCCGCGGACGGUGUGUCAAUAAUCGGGAAUAUUCAGCAGCAGGGUUUCGAGUUCUGGUUUGACUCUGCCGGUAAGCGGCUAGGGUUUGCCCCCAAUAGAUGUUGA